AUGCCCGGUACUGUCGCAGAAUCCUCACAGCCAGCAUCCGCAAAUAUGGCAAACGAAAAUAAGAACUCCGUCAAGAUCCUUGACGAGCUGAUGGCCAAGCUGAACCUCAGCAAGGCCCAGGAGGAUGUGAACGCUGCGACCCUCAACCUCGCAACUUUCAUUAAUGGUCCCAUUGAAGAGCACGAUGCUCCUACCAAGACCGUCAAUGCCCUGAAGAAGCAACUGGGCAACAAGAAGGAUGCCACCGUUAGAGAGCGCGCUCUCAACGCCAUCCAGGCCAUUGCCGACCACCAGGAUACCUCUCCCUCCGUCGAGCCAUACCUCGUCGUUCUCCUGCCUUCGGUUCUCUCAGCCGUUGGUGACAAGAUCGUGCCCGUCCGAAAUGCUGCUCAAGCCGCCGCUGUGAGCAUCGUCAAGGCUGUCAACGCCAACGCCGUCAAGGCUGUUCUUCCCCCAAUCAUCGACUCGAUCCGAAACGCACAAAAGUGGCAAGAAAAGAUCUGUGAUCUGACCUGCAUCGAGGAAUUGAUCAAGUCUUCGCCCGCACAACUCGCCUUCCGUGUCCCUGAACUCAUUCCUAUCGUUUCCGAGGCCAUGUGGGACACAAAGCCCGAGGUCAAGAAAAUGGCGUACGGUACAAUGGAGAAGGUCUGUGGUUUGAUUGUCAACAAGGAUAUCGACCGUUUCAUUCCCGAACUCAUCAAGUGUAUUGCCAAGCCAGAGAACGUCCCGGAGACUGUUCACUUACUCGGUGCCACUACUUUCGUUACCGAUGUCCACGAGCCAACCCUUGCCAUUAUGGUUCCUCUUCUGGAUCGUGGUCUUGCUGAGCGUGAGACUGCCAUCAAGCGAAAGGCUGCCGUUAUUGUCGACAACAUGUGCAAGUUGGUCGAGGACCCCAAUAUUGUUGCAUCUUUCUUGCCAAAAUUGAUGCCUGGUCUGAUCAAGAACUACGAGAACUUGGCUGAUCCCGAGGCUCGUGAGAAGACCAAGCAAGGUCUUGAUACCCUUCGCCGUGUUGGUGCUGUCGGUCCUAAUGACAAGAUUCCCGAGGCUUCCCAUGCUGGUGACACUGCCACUGUCAGUGCCAUCCUUAAGGAAAUUAUCGGAGGCACCAAGCACAAGGAUGCCGCUACCAAAUUUGAGCCAGUUGUCGAAUACGCAUCUGCCAUUGCUGGUCAACUUAUUGAUGAGAAGGAUGCUGAUUCCAUCAGCUGGACCCAAAACAUCAAGCCUUAUAUCGCUGCUAUCAUUGGAGAAUCCGAGUCGCAGAGCGUUGUCGACGCCCUCCGAAAGAAGGCAUCCCCGCUCGCUGAUGAGGAAGAUGCUGGUGAGGCUGAUGAUGAGGAGGGUGAGGAUCUUUGCAACUGCACGUUCAACUUGGCCUACGGUGCUAAGAUUCUCCUCAACCAAACACAUCUCCGUCUUAAGCGUGGCCAGCGAUAUGGUCUUUGCGGUCCCAACGGAUCUGGAAAGUCUACUCUCAUGCGUGCCAUCAACAACGAGCAGGUCGAGGGUUUCCCCAAGAAGAGCGAAGUCAAGACUGUGUUCGUGGAGCACGAUCUCGACUCUGCAGAUACUGAGCAGACCACUAUUGCGUGGACCAUGAAGAAGCUUGCUGAGGUCGGUGUCAAGACUUCCCAAGCCGAUGUCGAGAAGCAAUUGGCCGAGUUCGGUUUCACCCCUGAGAUGACCGCCAACCUGAUUACCGCCCUUUCUGGUGGAUGGAAGAUGAAGCUGGCUCUUGCCCGUGCUGUUUUCGAGGAACCAGAUAUUCUUCUCCUCGAUGAGCCUACCAACCAUUUGGAUGUCAAGAACGUCAAGUGGCUCGAAGAUUACCUCAUGAACUCUCCUUGCACGUCCAUCAUCGUCUCCCACGACAGUGGUUUCCUUGACCACGUCUGUCAACACAUCAUCCACUACGAGAGAUACAAGCUCAAGAGAUACCGUGGUAACUUGAGAGAAUUCGUCAAGAAGUGCCCAUCUGCCAGCUCAUACUACGAGCUUGGUGACUCCGAGAUUGAAUUCAAGUUCCCCGAGCCAGGUUUCUUGGAGGGUGUCAAGACAAAGGCCAAGGCCAUUGUUCGUGUCAGCAAGAUGACCUUCCAAUACCCAGGUACCCCCAAGCCACAAAUCCAAGACAUUUCCUUCCAGUGCUCUCUCGGUUCCCGUAUUGCCGUCAUUGGCCCCAACGGUGCUGGUAAAUCUACCCUCAUCAACGUCUUGACCGGUGAACUCAUCCCCACCAUCGGUGAUGUUUACACCCACGAGAACAUCCGUAUCGCCUACAUCAAGCAACACGCUUUCGCCCAUAUCGAUCACCACUUGGAGAAGACUCCUUCCGAGUACAUCCAAUGGCGUUUCCAGACUGGUGAGGAUCGUGAGACUAUGGAUCGUGCCAACAAGAUUGUCACCGAUGAGGAUGAGAAGGCCAUGGACAAGAUUUACAAGAUCGAGGGUUCGCAACGCCGUGUCAUUGGCAUCCACUCUCGCCGUAAGUUCAAGAACUCUUACGAGUACGAGUGUUCGUUCGCUCUCGGAGAGAACGUUGGCCUGAAGAACGAGCGAUGGGUUCCCAUGAUGACUGCAGACAACGCCUGGAUUCCCCGAACUGAGAUUUUGGCAUCCCAUCAAAAGAUGGUUGCUGAUGUUGAUCAAAAGGAGGCCCUGGCCAGUGGUCAAUUCCGUCCUUUGGUCCGAAAGGAGAUUGAGUCCCACUGCGCCAACUUUGGUCUCGAUGCUGAGUUGGUUUCUCACUCCCGUAUGUUGGGUCUUUCUGGUGGUCAGCGUGUCAAGGUCGUCCUUGCUGCUUGCUCGUGGCAAAGACCUCAUUUGAUCGUUCUUGAUGAGCCUACCAACUAUCUUGAUCGUGAUUCUCUCGGUGCUCUGUCGAAGGCUCUUAAGUCGUUCGAGGGUGGUGUUAUUAUCAUUACUCACUCUGCUGAAUUCACCAAGAAUUUGACUGAGGAAGUUUGGGCAGUAAUGGACGGAAAGAUGACACCAUCAGGCCACAACUGGGUGCAAGGACAAGGUGUUGGUCCCCGUCUAAAGGGAGACGAAGAUGAGGAAGAAAAAUUCGACGCCAUGGGCAACAAGAUUGUCUCGACGAAGAAGGCCAAGAAGCUUACAUCCGCCGAGCUCCGGAAGAAGAAGAAGGAUCGUAUGGCCCGUCGCAAGCGUGGUGAGGAAGUUUUCUCUGAUGAAGACGAUUAG